AUGCCAGAUAUUUCGAUUCUGACCCAGCGCUCAAAUUCUUUUACAUCGCCCAAGUCUAUCCAGCCCACAAACUCGCUUGUGAUAACACAAGUUCCCCGAACAUUUUUUCAACCUUCAGUCCUCAAUGCUCUGCGGGACCACUUUGCUACGUAUGGCGAGAUUAACCAAUGGGUGCCGAUAGCAUCAUUUUCUCGUAUCAUCCUCGUAUAUUUUUCAGAGGAAGCUGCAGAGCUAGCGAAGAACGCUUGUGAUCCUCUUAUUUUGACUCUCCCAUACAUAAUGCCCACGAUUUUGAGGGUAUAUCGCUCCGAGCCCAACCCCAUAUUUUCGUCGUCAUCACCAACGUCAGACGAAAAUUUCUUACGCCCUCCACCGAUCGAAAAGAACUUCCUUAUCUCGCCGCCUGGAUCUCCACCCAUCGGCUGGGAGCAAAUUCGCGAAGAGCCACCAAAUGCUACUCCUCUUGCAGAUGAUCUUAUUGCUGCACUUCGCAAGUUGAAAUUGCAGGAGAGGCGAUCUAGCCGAGAAGUUCUAUUAGAGCCCGAAGAUGGCGUAGGCGUAGGGGUAUACGUCGAGGACUGCGAUAUGAUUGAUGAUGAUGCGCAUGAGGUGGACUGGGAAUAUGGUUGUCCAUCCCCAGCCAGGCUACGAUGGAAACCUUUGGCAACCGCCAUGCCACCGGUUCAAGUGCGAUAA